AUGGAGAGCUGCAUUAUCAAGCGCUACUGUGAGAAGAGAUUUGUUCCCAAAUACCUGGCGACUAUUGGCAUUGACUACGGCGUCACAAAAGUGCAGGUCAGAGACCGUGAGAUGAAGGUGAACAUCUUUGACAUGGCGGGGCACCCCUUCUUCUACGAGGUGAGAAACGAGUUUUACAAGGACACACAGGGGGUCAUCCUGGUCUAUGAUGUCGGACAGAAGGAGUCUUUUGAUGCACUGGAUGCAUGGCUGGCUGAGAUGAAGCAGGAACUGGGCCCCCACGGGAACAUGGAGAACAUUGUCUUUGUUGUCUGUGCCAACAAGAUCGACUGCUCCAAGCACCGCACCGUGGACGAGAGCGAGGGGCGGCUCUGGGCCGAGAGCCGCGGCUUCCUGUACUAUGAGACGUCGGCACAAACAGGAGAAGGAAUCAACGAGAUGUUCCAGACUUUUUACUCUGCUAUCAUAGACCUGUGUGACAACGGUGGGAAGCGUCCCCCCUCCAGCAUGGGGGUUGGCUUCACCAAAGAGCAGGCAGAUGCCAUUCGCAGGAUCCGCAACAGCAAGGACAGCUGGGACAUGCUGGGGGUCAAACCUGGAGCCACAAGGGAUGAAGUGAACAAAGCCUAUCGGAAGCUGGCCGUGCUGCUCCACCCUGACAAGUGUGUGGCUCCUGGCAGUGAGGACGCCUUCAAAGCGGUGGUGAACGCCCGGACCGCGCUUCUCAAAAACAUCAAGUAG